AUUCUUUCCUCUCUACUUUAUGGCCAAAACGAUUCUUGCGUUUUCUCGUUUAGUCUUCCAUUCGUAGUUUCGUCUACGCUGUUAUACGAUACUCAUAAAGAGCAUAUAUCCGCCUUAUUAAUUAUAUAUUCUUAAAUGCAUAUUUGCACCGAUUGUGGAGGCACCGUCAUCGAGUACGAUGCAGCUGCAGGAAACGGAUUCUGUGUUACUUGUGGGACCGUCGUCGAGGAGAACACCAUCGUCAAUGAGGUCGUCUUCGGAGAGACCAGCUCGGGAGCGGCCAUGGUGCAGGGUUCUUUUGUCGGGUUGGGUUCAACUCAUGCCAGGAUGAGCGGUCCGUAUGGCAAUCGGGGAAAUUCCGAGAGCAGAGAACAAACAAUUGCCAAUGCUAGCAAGAAGAUACAGAACAUUGCGAACGUCCUACAGCUAUCAGAGAGCGUCUGUCUGGCCGCAACUAGAAUGUACACGCUUGCUGUAGAGCACAAGUUCACAAAAGGUCGCAAAAGUAUGAACGUCGUCGCUGUGUGUCUGUAUGUCGCAUGUCGACAGAAGGAGACUCGGAAUUACAUGCUCAUCGACUUCUCUGAUCUACUUCAAGUCAAUGUAUUUGAACUCGGCCAUACAUAUCUCCAAUUAGUGCAGACUUUGAAUCUUCGACUUCCUCUUGUCGAUCCGUCUCAUUACAUAUCUCGCUUCUCUGCAUUACUCGAAUUUGGCGACGAAACUCACAAAGUUGCCACAGAUGCCGUGCGGCUCGUGCAACGGUUCGACCGUGAUUGGAUGACUCGUGGACGACGGCCCGCUGGUAUUUGCGGUGCGGCACUACUACUCGCCGCUAGAAUGAACAACUUCCGACGAAGUAUGGAAGAGAUUGUCCAAGUCGUAAAGAUUGCCGACACAACAUUGAAGAAACGCUUGGAUGAAUUCAAAAACACACCAAGCGGUGAACUGACCGUCGGUGACUUUCGGAGCGUGUGGCUGGAUGAGGAAGUUGAUCCACCUGCAUUUACGAAAGGACGGGUAAAAGAAGAGGAGGAACGAUUGAUCAGAGAGGGCGAUGAAGAAGCCCUCGAGAAAUUGAGAAAGAAGAGGGGUAAACGGAAAGGGAAAAGGAAAAGAGAAGAAAGUGAUGAAGACCUCAUUCCUGAGAUGUCUGAGCAGGCUGCCAAAGGUUUUGAUUCGUCUCUCUUGAAUGAAGGCAUUCUCUCUGGAACAACAGUGAGCCCAACACCUCUCUUCUACCCUGCUCCCGAUGAUGUUUCCAUUGAUCCUGCCUUUCUGGAUAUGCCUGCAAUACCUGCACUCAAUGCCAUUGACGAAACAGUGUCAACUGUCGUGGCAGAGGAGGUCUCGGCAUAUCUCCAGAAUCCUCAAGGGGCCAUGUUGAGCGGCGCUCUAGAUGAGGCAGAGCAGAGACGAUUAGCAGAAAUUGGUGUUGUCGACGAGCUUACGGGACUUGACGAAGAAGAGCUCGAUCGGUUCCUGCUAAGCGAAGAGGAGGUAAAGAUCAAAGAACGUGUAUGGGUGGAGUUAAACAGAGAUUACCUGGAAGCAUUGGCAGCUAAAGGCGAUCAGUCAAAUACUACCACCAGAAGCAAGAAGCGCCGAAAAACGAAGCCUCGGGAUUCAACAACUGCACAUGGGGCGACGACUGCUGAGAGCGUGAAGAAUAUGAUGAAGAAGAAUCCUAAGUACAGUAAGCGGAUCAAUUACGAUGCAUUGAAGGAUCUAUUCGUGGAUGGUGGGGUUGUCCCGACUUUGGAUGAGAAGGACGAGGCCAACUUGUAUACGAUGGACAAUAAGAGCGACGGAGAAGGCGGCGGAGCCCUGCUGGUCAUUGAAGAAGAUUCAAUUCCUCCUCCACCGCCACCCGAAGAUGACAAGGAUGACGAUAAAGAAGACGAGGACACCGCAGCUGAUAACAUUGGUUGGGACGAUGCUUAUGAACAAGAAGUCUAAAAAAUUGCAUGUACAGUGGACACCAAGUGCACUUGUAUAAUUAGCUUACUUCGAUGUAUUUGUAGAUUCUUCCGCUCCCACACUUAGAAUAAAGAGAAACCAAUAUCGAUUAUAAUGUAUUUUAUCACAGAAAUAGCAGGGAAGCAAUUACUCUUCCUUCUUGG